CUCCGUUCUCCGCCUCGCUCGAUCUAUAUCGAAGAAGAUGACGAGACAGAGGUGAGCAGUUCUCCUCCUCCUCUGAAUUUCGUUCGGGGAAAACGCCGACAUGAGCCAAGCGGUGAUUCCAAGGCCCGACUCGACUCACCAUCGCCUCCACGAGUUCGCUCGGAACGCUCUCAUCAACAUCUUCGUCCAUCCCUACGCCACGGUGUGCGAGCUGUAUUGCGGGGGCGGGCUCGAGGCGGAGAGGUGGGAAGAAGCUCAGAUCGGUCACUACAUCGGAAUCGAUGUGGCUUCGUCUGGAAUAAGCGAAAAGAGAGAAGCUUGGGAGAGCUUGAGGAAAGCUUACACAACGGACUUCUACGAGCUCGACCCUUGCACGGAAGAUUUGGAAGCGCAUUUGCAAGAGAAGACAAACCAAGCAGAUUUAGUUUGCUGCUUGCAGCAUUUGCAGCUAUGUUUUGAGACCGAGGACAAAGCGAGGAAACUGUUGCAUAAUGUAUCAUCUCUGCUAAAACCGGGGGGUUAUUUUUUCGGUAUUACUCCUGACUCGUCCACCAUAUGGGCAAAAUAUCAGAAGAAUGUUGAAGCAUACCACAACAGAAGUGGCAGUAUGAAGCCUGGCAUUGUUCCUAAUUGUGUUCGGUCUGAGAGCUACAUGAUCACCUUUGAAGUAGAGGAAGAGAAGUUUCCAUCAUUUGGGAAAAGGUACCAGCUUAAACUAGCUGGUGAUAUGCCUGCUGAAACCCAUUGCUUGGUUCACUUUCCAAGCUUGAUCAGAUUGGCUAGGGAAGCUGGUCUGGAGUAUGUGGAGAUUCAAAACCUGACAGAGUUUUACGAUGACAACAAAGCAAUCUUUGCAGGGAUGCUAAUGGGUUAUGGUGCAAGCGUUGUGGAUCCUAGAGGGAGGCUAUUACCUCGCUCAUACGACAUGCUAGGUUUAUACACUACGUUUAUCUUUCAGAAGCCCGACCCAGAUGCUGCGCCCCCUCUUACAACCCCAUUAUUGGUGGAUAGGAAUCACCACGAAGAGGAGGCAAAGUGGACUGACUGGAGAGAGGAAGAAACCAUUGUUCCUCCAGAGCCGCCUGCUGGACUCGGCAAGAUAACAGAACAAAAAGGAAUAUUAGGUCCAGGCCCUGCAGAGUUACGUUUUGCAGAAGCACUUUAACCCGAUGGACUGUGGAGGGAAAAGUUAAUGUCCAAAGUAGUCGCUUGUAAAUACAACUUACCAAAUUUUAGUGACUUUCUCGUGUACCCUUAAUGUGAUUAAUUGCUAGUUAGGCUUCGAUCCGGUUGCACAGUGCUGAUGUAAGAUAAACACGUUUUUGUGACCCAAAGGAGAUAAGUUUUUAAUCUUC